AUUGCAAUGUCAACACUCGACGCUUGUUUGUACAUGCAAGUAGAGAUGACGAGAGACGGCAGACACACAGCGUUCAGUAUUCGGAAUUUGGUAGGUGAAUCUAUAGACGAAGAGGAGAGGCAAAAGAUAUCACCACCAAGUACAAGAUCACCAUCUUCUUCUAGUAAAGAGGAGAAUGAAGGACCGAUUGAUUUUCGUGUAAAUUCUUCGGAUAGUGAGGGAGAUGCAGAGGAUGACUUGGAUGUUGAGACGAUUGAUCCGGUAUCUGCAGAACAAACGGAUACAAAAGAAGAAGAUAAUAAGAAGGAAGAAGAAAAUAAAAAGCCAGAAAAACCUCCUUUCUCAUACAACGCUCUAAUUAUGAUGGCAAUAAGAUCUUCAGCCGAGAAACGACUGACCUUAAACGGUAUAUACGAAUUUAUCAUGAAAAAUUUUCCUUACUACAAAGACAAUAAGCAAGGCUGGCAGAACUCGAUAAGACAUAAUUUAUCGUUAAACAAAUGCUUCGUCAAAGUACCUAGACACUACGAUGACCCAGGAAAGGGAAACUAUUGGAUGUUAGAUCCUAGUGCAGAUGAUGUUUUUAUUGGAGGAACAACCGGAAAAUUAAGGAGAAGAUCUACGGCUGCACACCGAGCAAGGCAUUUAGCAGCGUUGAGACACAGGUCAUUAGUCGGUCCUCCGCAUCCUAGCUUUUGGCCUCUACAUGCCGCCUCUUCCACUCUACGUUAUUACUCAGCAGCCGCUGCGGUAGCAGCCUCUUAUCCUGCGGCAGCAGCUUAUCAUGCCGCCUUAUUACAACAACACUUACCUCCUAGACCGACAGUCUCUUCGCCAUCUUCCUUCUCCGUUGAACGCCUCUUGUCACCUGAUGUUCAAACGACUGCCUCACCACCAACACAGACAUCUCCAACAAUAACGCGUCCGGCGUUUACUGCAGAUUUGUACGCCGGUUUACGGCCCCUUCCGCCGCCCACCGCCGCCCAUUCGACUACACACGGACUAGUUCCACCAACGGCUUUAUGACGGUUAAUUUAGUCAGAUUAAGCGAAUUAUAUUGUAUAAUGUAAACGUGUCGUUUUUCUGUGAAAAAAAUGCUCAAAUUUUUUGCCGCUUACGUCAGCAUUGAAUCGUCGGGAGAAGCUUAAUUGACGCAUCUUCAUUAUAAAUAACUUUAUGUAAGGAUUUGCACAUUUUUUGCAGGCAUAGAAACUUUAAAUAGUAUAGAAAGUUCGUAUGCAUAUUUAUCUGUAAUUUAUUCUUGGUUCAUACACAAAAAUUGCAUAUGUGAUUUAUCGGCAAUAAAUUGUA